AAUGACUAACCCCAAAUUAGUCAUGCAAAGGAUUCAAAUUGAGCGCAGAAGUAAGAAAGACCUGCAUUUCUCUCAUCUUCCAACAGAGAAAAGAAAGAUGGGACUCGUUUACCUUCUCUGCUGCUUCCUGCUACUGCUCCCCUCAGCGUUCUCGGAGGACGCUAUAUUGCUGAAUCCAAGAGGAGCUAGGCCUGUUGAACAUGGUCACAAGGCCUCAGAGUGUGCCACUGUGAAGGAAUGGCCAGGCUGCACUGACGAUGAAUGGGGACCUAAAUGUCCCUCCGGCUGCAGGAUUCAGGGGCUUAUGGACCAGGCUGACCAGCAUCUCGUUGCAAAGAUCGACAAGAUUCGCAAGUUUCUGGAUGAGAACCGCAAAUAUUACCGCACCACUAACCAAAACACAGAGCAAACCUACACUUUCCUACGAGAUAAGCUGGUCACAGACACAGGUAAUGACAACAAGUAUAUGGGUCUGGCUGAACAGCUCCGCCAGAGAAUCGUCAGCAUUAAGGUCAAAAUUGUGGCCCAACUCAAACUUCUUCAGGCCCUGAAGGGACGGAUUCGAGAUCAAGUAACAGAAAUGAAGAGGCUGGAGGUGGAUAUCGACAUCAAACUGCGUUCAUGCAAGGGCUCCUGCUCCAGUUACACAGAGUACUCUGUGGACCGGGACAGCUACAGCACUCUGGACAAACAGCUUUCCCAGUUGGAGGGCAUGGUUGUGCACAGCUCUGAGACCAUGACCACUAUCCGGGUGAUGAAGAGCUCAUCUGUGAAGCCUGUCACCGUCUAUAAGUCUGGCCCAGUUGAUGGGCAGGAGCAGAAAGAAUACUUUGAUGGUGUGGACCAGCACCAGUUUUCCCUGGAGGGCGCGGCAACUGGCUCAUCAUCGACUACGACCGUUAGCAAGGAGACAGGUACGGGGCAUCAAACGUCCAGUGGUUCGACCUCAAAUGUACACACCAGCACCCAUACAAUUUCAUGCACCCAAACCGUGAAAAAGAAAAUCGUACAGACAAAAGAUGGGCCUGUGGAGACGAUGGAGGUUGUCCGGAGUCCAGAGUGUGAGGGUCUGGAGGGUAUUGGUGACAAAGAGGGUGCUGGGACUGUCCUUAUACCCAACUUUGGCAACUUCUUUGAUGAGCCGGGUAAAGACACAUCAAUCACAACCUUGAACCAUGGCGGAGGUGGCACUGAUUUCUUCAAGUUCUCCAGCUCCUCCAGCUCCUCCACCAAAACCACGAAGAGCGGGUCCUCCAAGGACAUUUUCGCUGAUUUUACUGGUUUCACGGGUGGAGCAGUGGAAGAGGACCGUCCAAACAUCCAUGCCCGUAGUCUGAAGAGCCCCAGUGAGGCAAUGCAGAGCGAUUAUGUUGGAAAAGAUUGUGUUGAUAUCCUCCAGAAGCAUGCAUCAGGAGCUAAAAGUGGCCUGUUCAAAAUUAAGCCAGAUAGCUCACAGGAUGUAGUAGAGGUUUACUGUGACCAUGACACAAUGCUCGCUGGCUGGGUCCUGGUGCAGCAGAGAAUGGACGGGUCCGUUAACUUCAACCAGACCUGGAAGGACUACAGGAACGGGUUUGGCAGUGUAGACCAGCAAGGCCGAGGGGAGCUUUGGCUGGGAAAUAAGUACCUGCAUCUCCUCACUCAGGCAGAGAGCAUGCUCAGGGUAGAGCUGGAGGACUGGGAAGGCCAAUGGUUCUACGCUGAGUACUUAGUUAGGGUAGGACCAGAGACAGAUGGCUAUCCUCUGAAAGUCUCUGGGUACCAGGGCGAUUGCGGGGACGCACUUGUAAAGGGGCAGCCCAAUUUAGGUGCAUUCCUGUCCCACGCUAACAUGAAGUUCAGCACAUAUGACAGGGAUAGCGAUAAAUGGGAGGAGAACUGUGCCGAGAUGUAUGGGGGUGGCUGGUGGUACAACAACUGCCAGUCAGCUAAUCUGAACGGCAUUUAUUUCAAGGGGGGGCAAUAUGAUCCAGGUAGCAACAUUCCCUAUGAGAUUGAAAAUGGUGUGGUCUGGCUGACAUUGAAGCCAGCAGACUAUUCACUGAAAACCGUCCGCAUGAAAGUCAGACCCAUCGCCACUAUGUGAGAUCACCUGUGUAACAACAUUUGUCUAGAUCACAUGCUCUGAAUUUUAAUUUAUAAAAAACCCAAUGUAACUCCAAGAAGUUUUGCCAAUAAAAACAUGUGUUCACUUAA